GUGUGCCCCACUGGGUGUGCGCCCCGGGCCCAGGCCCAGCCCGCGGGCGAGAGGGCGCCCGAGGGUGUGCGCGCCCUGGGCGACCAGAGUGCGCCAGCCCGGGGGUGCGCGCCCCGGACCGGGACUGUGCACCCGGAGGCUGCGUGCGCCCCGAAGCCGGGGUGUGCGCCGGCCCCAGGCACAGCCGGCCGCCUCCCUCCGGACUUCUGCGGCGCGCCAAGGUCCAGUAUUAGUGCUGGAUUUGGAGAGCGUGGAGCCCCUGAGCCUGAGCCUCACACCUGCCUCUGCUCCAAAGAGCUGUGGCUGCAGUGGGCUGGCUGAGACUCUUCACAGCACCUGCCUGGGACACUCCGAGACCGUCCUCCUCCACAGCUGCCUUCUCCCGGGCUCCUGAGCCUGCCCUUCUGAACUCACUGGUCCGUGCCGCAGUUAGAAGCCCUGCCCGGAGCUGGAUCCUUAUAGACUCUCCAACGAGUUUUACAGACUUCCUGGAUGAAGAGUGCCUGAGAGACUGACAGUCUGCGUUCCCUAAGAUGGAGAAGACAGAUGCCAAAGACCAGUCCUCUCAGGGAGAGGAAGAGAAAGACCCUCCAAAGAGCCACCCCUACUCUGUGGAGACCCCAUAUGGCUUUCAUUUAGACCUGGACUUCCUCAAGUACGUGGAUGACAUUGAGAAGGGAAACACCAUCAAAAGGAUUCCUAUCCACAGAAGGGCCAAGCAGGCCAAGUUUAGCACUUUGCCCCGAAACUUCAGCCUUCCUGACAGCAGGGCUCGCCCCCAUGCUGCUCUUCCCCACCAAAACUGGUCCCCAGUGGUGCCAAGGAAGGUGCCGCUGGGGACAGAGGAGCGAGCCCAGUCGUUGCCACCUGGUGAACAUGUGCAAGCCUCCACCAGCGGGAGUGACGUGAGCUACCACAGGAAGGCCCUGCUGGCGGAGACAGCCAGACAUUUGGAGGUUGCAGCCCCCAGGGAGGCUGAGCUGGCCUCCGGGAGUGGACGGCCCCAGCUCUUGAGGGCAUCCAGCAUGCCAGCCACACUGCUGCAAAACAGGGCCUCUGAGGACCCAAGCCUAAACUCAGGUCCCCCCACACCUCCUGCCCUCCCUCCCCUUCAUGGUGAAGGCAAUGUCUGUGAUGGCACCUUUGGCCCUGCAGAUGGAUUUGCGGGCUUUCAAAACUCCACCCCACGAGCAACAACUCAACCCAAAGUCAGAGAGUUUGGGGACCUGGUGCCAGGGAUUCCAGAGCUGGUCCAGGAAGGCGCUGAGCCUCCAGAGGAUGCAGAUGAUGAGGAGGCUCCAAAUCACCUCUCUUUCCCAAGUCCUCCCUUCUCAUCCCAGGAUGCACUGAUAGUUCUCGAGGAUGAAGAAGAUGAACACAAAACCCAAGAAGCAGAGGUAGUGGUCACCCCUGGCUCCCCAACACCAAGUCCCCCACCUCUGCCAUCACCCAUCCCUGAGAACGAGUUCCCCCUAGAAGAAAUAGAGCUCAACAUCAGCGAGAUCCCACCCCCACCACCUGUGGAGAUAGACGUGAGAAGCAUUGGCGUCCGGGUCACGGAGGAAAGCCUGGGCCUCCCCACAAUGGAUCCCGUCAGCAUCUCCAGCCUGAAGCAACAGCUGUCUGCCCUUGAGGGUGAGCUAUCUGGAAGAACUGAGGAACUGGCCCAGGUCAGAGCUGCCCUCCAGCAGCAGGAGGAGGAAAUCAAGGCUAGAGGGCAGAGGAUUCAAGAACUAGAGUGCACUGUAGCUCAACUGGCAGAUAAGCUUAGCCAUGAGAACGCCAAAGAUGCUCAGGGCCAGACUGAUGCCGUGGUCAACACUGACCCCCUCCAUGGACUCUUGACCAGGGAGUUGUGUGACAAGAGCAUUGAGGUCAACCUUCUGGGCAGCACAGGAUCUGAAAGCUGGAGGGCUGGAGGAGAGGAGAAUGGGCUCUUAUGGGGGCAGGACAGCCACAAACCGGGGGAUCGGAGCCCAGCAGAAUUCAUGCCACCAUCUCAGCUCUCACUGCCACAAGGACCCGAGAUGGUCCUCACACCCUCUUUACAUAGCUGCCUAUCCACUGAGCUGAGGAUCGAAGAAACAGGCUCUGAGCUUGAGGGGGACCCUCAGGUGGGAGCCAAGGGUCUGGGCAAGGGACCAGGAGGCUCUCCAUGGAGCAGUGAUAGAAAGACUCCCCCGGCAGGGAGGGAGGAGGCCAGUUCAGAGCUGCCAGGGAAGGAGCGCCCAGGGAGGCCACCAAGUUCACCAACAGAUGCCACUAUUGGGCAAUAUGUUAAGAAGAUCCAGGAACUCCUGCAGGAGCAAUGGAGCUGCCUGGAGCACGGGUACCCGGAGCUGGCCAGUGCCAUCAAGCAGCCUGCCUCCAAGCUCAGCAGCAUCCAGAGCCAGCUACUCAGCUCCCUCAACCUGCUGCUGUCUGCCUACUCGGCCCAUGCUCCACCCCAGAAGGAGCCCCCGGCCCCCGCCUCCUCUCCACCGAUGGAGAUCUCCCCGUCGACCAGCCUUAAGUCCAUAAUGAAAAAGAAAGACUAUGGCUUCCGUGCAGGAGGUAAUGGGACCAAAAAGAACCUUCAGUUUGUUGGGGUUAACGGUGGCUAUGAGACCACCUCAAGCGAGGAGACCAGCGGUGAGGACAGCUCCCCGGAAGACUUGUCUGACAGCGAGGCCGAGAAGAAAUGUGAUGGCACAGAACACAAACGGGGCAAGGAGGCCCACCCCGGCUGCAAGGCCGGGCAGGGCAUCCCAGAGGGCACCAGCACCUCAGGCCAGGACGGUGGGCCUCCUGAAGACCUCCCCCAUCCCAAGGCUGAGAGAUAUAAGCCUUCAGAAGAAUUCCUCAGUGCAUGCCGGGCAUUGAGCCAACAUCUGCCAGAAAGUGGGGCCACCACCGACCAACUCUUGAGGCAGAGCUUGAACACCAUCAGUCAAGAGUGGUUCCGCGUCUCCAGCCGGAAGUCGUCUAGCCCUGCUGUGGUGGCGGCCUACCUCCGUGGGGUCCAGCCCCACUCCCCACACUUCCUGAAGCUGCUUGUGAACAUGGCAGAUGGCAACGGGAACACGGCUCUUCACUAUAGCGUGUCUCACUCCAACUUCUCUGUGGUGAAGCUGCUGCUGGAGACAGGUGUCUGCAAUGUUGACCAUCAGAACAAAGCCGGCUACACUGCCGUGAUGAUCACUCCCUUGGCUUCUGCAGAGACCGAUGAAGACAUGGCUGUCGUCUGGAAGCUCUUAAGAGAAGGAAAUGUGAACAUCCAAGCUACUCAGGGAGGCCAGACUGCCCUGAUGCUGGGAGUCAGCCAUGACAGGGAGGACAUGGUCCAGGCAUUGCUCAACUGCCAGGCAGAUGUCAACCUGCAGGACCACGAGGGAUCGUCGGCCCUCAUGCUGGCCUGUCACCACGGCAACGCCGACAUGGUGCGGCUGCUCCUGGCACACCCGGCCUGCGACAGCAGCCUGACCGACAAGGCUGGCCGAACAGCUCUGUCCAUCGUUCUGAAAUCACCCGCCCAUGUGGAAAUUGCAGGGCUUCUGCGGGCCCACGCAGAGCAGGGCAGGUCCCUGGGGCCGUAGGGGCUACAGAAGAAUUGGCAGCUGGGAACAAAAGACUCCUUCUCUGGACUCCUUCUUAGCCCUUGGAGAGGGCAUGGGUCAAAGCCAGAGGGCCGCCCUUCAAGAGAAGAAACUAUGUCAAAUAUGCACAUACAUUCCUGUUAUAUAAUUCUGCUCAUUAGAACGCUUUGUAGUUUUUGCCUUAGGCCAAGCUCCAAAACUACGCAGACUGCAGAGCAGGGUAUAAGAUGCAGGGUGCAUUGGUGUUGUCUAAAAAUCCCCAACAUCUUCAGCCUUGAAUUCCUCAUGACUCUAUCCUUUGUAGCACCAUGUAGCGAGCAGACAGGCAGGAGCACAUUAGCAAAGCAAUACUUUUUACAUGGAAUUUUAAAGUGCACCAUCUUUUUUGUUUUUUUAAUCAGUUACAUGAAUAUGUCUCAUUGAAUAUGCAUGUCUAGAGAGGAUUGGGCGGGGAGGGGAGGGGGGGUUUGGGGGGAGGUG